GCUUGUGCCACCCGUUGGCCCUCGGCCGAGCAGCGCGGCGGCGCGCUGCGGCGCCAUGGCGAUACCCGUGCAGCAGCCUUACGCGGUGAUCCGCACGGUGGGAGCUGCUGCGGUGCCGCCAGUGAAUCUGCAACAGAUUCGAAGACCGCAUCCGGGGGAGCAUGGAGUCAUGGAGCAGUCGACCAUCACCACUCCAGGCCGUGCCAUGGCCACCGCCCCGGUGAUGGCGGCGCCGCCGCAGACGCCCGGGAGAAGCGGCAGCAGCGGAGCCAUCGGCAGCUACCCCCAGAGAGGACGCCACGCCAUGCACUCCGGUGGCGCCCUGCCGGGCGCGGAGGCCUCGAUGGUUUCGGGCGGCCACAGCGGUGCAUGCCCCAGCGGGCCACCGACGAACAUGGUGAGGACCAGCCCGCAGGUCAUGGCGGGCGCGCAGCAAAGGAUGCCCUCACCGGAGGCCGGGUCCCUGCGGUUGAUCACCGGUGGCCAACAAGCCGCGGUGCCGGGGCCGACCACAUUGAUUAGCCAGAACCACUUGGCCUACACGGGCUCGACGCCUGUGUUGGGUCGCGGUUCCUUUGGCCAAGCAGCAGCGCCCUACCCCGCCCCGGGCGUCCCUGGCGUCCCGGGCGUCGGCGUCCCCGCGCCCCACUCGGCGCGCGGCUGCUGCGGCUCCGGGGGACGGGGCGCGGCACUGGCAGCAGCCAUGGGGCAGGCGGGUGGGGCGGAACCACAUCGCCUCUGUGAAUUUCUGCUGAACCAGCUGCAUGCGCGAGUGCAGCAAUCUCAGCAAGAAAGAGAACAGGAACUUCGGAAGCAGCUAAUGGAGCUGAAAGACAUGGAAGACCUCUUCACUCGAGCGAAAGAGGAGGUGCACCAGGUCUUACACCGAGCCGAUGGCAUCGAGGAGGAUACCCUGGAACUUAGUUGUCGUCGACCGACCCCGAAGCCGCCCUUUGUGUGGCAGCCGUCGCAGGAAUACGAAAAGGAGUUCCAGGUGACGGGCGAGUGCAACGAAAUCGUCACCAAGGUGGGCGACUUCGAAGAUCAAGGUUGGGUCAUCCCGGUGGGCGGCUCCUGGCGCUUGAUGCGCGGCGGCAUCUAUCGCUGGACCAUUCGCAUCGAGCAGAAGUGUUCUGGCCGGCCGCAGCUGCAGUUGGGCCUCCACGGCGCCAACCACAACCAGCCCUGGCGGCUGGUCACCACCUCCAGAUGUUCCUGGUCUCGGGAUGACGAGCCGUGGCAAGACCGGCCCGGUGGAGAUAGGUUGAUCGAUGAAGGCAGCUUCGUCCAUAUCGAGGUGGAUAUGAGAGGUAUCAACUCCACCACGGGGAGCUUCUCAUUGGCCAUCGACGACGGGCCCUUUGAAGAAUUCUUCGAUGACAUUCCGCUGAGUCAGCCGUACUCGCUGAUUCCAGUGGUCUCCAUGGGCGGCAACCAGUCGCGUGAGAUGCGCUUUCCACGGCUGCCGCGCCGCCGGGUGACUGUGCUGCGCGUGGCGCAGCGGUGCUUCUCCUACGAGGACACAUUGGCAUAUCGCUUGUAUGGCCCAAAGCCCAUGGCCAUUGUGGUUCAUCCAGUGGUGACGGCGGGCAAGUCCAAUUGGGGCAAACCCUGGCCGCAGAUUCUGUGGGACGCCGAAGAAGCGCUGGGACUGGCGCGCGCCAAUCGUUGGGACCUGCUGCCAGGACCCAACCAAGUUCCCAAUGAUGGUUGGGACCAUGAGGCCUUUUCAAAGGCCGAGGCCGCGGACCUUCUGCGGCGCUCGACCUCGCGGGCGCUGCAAGCGCCGGAGGGCUGGCACUUGGAUCGGGGCGAGGAGGAAAGCGACGACGAAUACGACAUCCACGAAGCCGCCUGGAAGAACGGCGUCAUCAAACGACAGUGGGCUGAGACCACAGUAGUGAAGAUUCGGCUCAUUGACCCGAACACCUACUUUGGCAAAGGCAAAACCAAUGAGUUGGCAAAGUAUGUUGCGGAGAAUCCCUGCGACUUCGUUUUCGUGAACACCACGUUGACCCCAACGCAGUCCCGGAAUUUGGAAACCGUCUUCAACAACGCUGUGGCGGCGGGUGACGCACAACAGCGGCGGGAAGAGAAUCGCAGUAUACCUCCUGGAACAAAGAAUCCAGGAUUGGAGGUGAUCGAUCGAAACCGAUUGGUCCUGGAGAUUUUCAACCUCCGCGCCAAGACGCCUGCGGCAAAGAUCCAGGUGGGCUUGGCAAAGCUGGAGUAUUUAAAGACCCGGCUGACCUUGAGCCAGAAGACACGCUUCAAGGAGACCAUGCAAAUGUUGCAGGAAGAGGUGGGUCCCUUCAAAGAAGUCAAGGGCUUCAGGACCGAUGUGGAUGUGCAGUACCACUACGAGCUGAAACCGUUCGAGACGGAACGGGCCUUGAUUCGCCAAGCGGAGGCGAGGUUGAAGCGAAUGCUGGAGACGGAGAAGAAAAGCCGCAAGCAGCAGCGACAAAGUCGCGCAGGGGUGCCAACCAUCGGCAUCGUGGGCUACACCAAUGCAGGCAAAACGUCGUUGAUGAAUCGACUCACCGACGCAGGUCUGCGGGAACGGGACCUGCUGUUCCAGACCCUGGACACCACCAUGCGGAAGGUGAAGCUUCCCUCCGGUGGGCAUGCCAUUUUGGCGGACAGCAUUGGUUUCAUCCAACAUUUGCCGCACAGCCUUUUCGCUGCCUUCCAAUCCACUUUGGAGGAGAUCAUCUGCUGCGACGUGCUGCUGCAUGUGCGUGACAUUGCGCAUCCGCAGCGUACCAUGCAGAAGGACAUUGUGCUGAAGACCUUGCGCAGUGCCGGCAUGUCUGAACAAAAGCUGCAGUCUGCAGUGAUUGAAGUUUGGAACAAGAUCGACCUGUUGAACUCCAUGAGCUUCGUGCCACCGGAAGCGAUUCCGGUCUGUGCGGCAGACGGCACCGGUGUGGAUGACCUGCUUCAAGUGCUGGACGCGGUCAUCGGCGCUCAAACGGAGAAGCAGAUGCGAACGGUGCACUUCCCCCAGGAACUCAUGCCGCAGGCCAUGGCUUUCUUGCGGCGUCACGGCAGCGUGAGUGAAGACAGCUUGACCAUCGACCAGUGCGACAAGGUGAGCCUGGACGUGUCCAUGCCGGCCGUGGCCUGGCGUCGCUGGAGCGCCGAGCUGUUGAAGCUGGGCGAACGCGGUGAACGCGGUGAAGCGUGUUUGGAGCUGGACGAUGCAGCAGUGGCGGCAGCCGGUCUCCCUGUGUAUCUCAGAUCACUGACCGUGGCUGAAAACAAGGCCUUUGGGCAACUCUGCUCCGUCCACAGCUUCCGCGUUUUCGGUGGGUUCCGGCGCGAAAACGCCUCGCUGCCGCGGUGCUUGGCGCAGCGGCGCCUGGCUCAGGUUUUUGGUCCUGAAGCCUUGCCGAAGGGUCCGGGUUUUCGACCUGAAGGCAGAUUGGCGCAGACGAUCAUUUUGGGCGUCGGAGAUGCCCAAAAUCGCUGCGGACCUGUCACUGCCGUUUGUGGCAGCUCCGUCGUCGCCGUGGGGGAUGCUCAGCUCAAGCUGGAAUCGAAGCUAGAACACCCCAAGGAUGGACCCCAGCAUUUGUGGCCAACUCUGCUGGGUGCUCAGAAUUGCUCAGAGUGGGACUCCAAGCGCUUCAUGGAGCCGACUCCUGUGGAAGGAAUGCCUGGCCUGCUGCAUGGGCAGGGGAACCAUGGAAAACCGGGGGGAACCAUGGGGAACCAUGCACGGAGGCCCGGUGGUCUCUUGUCUCCCUUGACACCACGGCAACUGGCUGGUGCCAAUUUGAUGGUGUCGCUGGGUCGCGUGUGUGAAGAUUAUGACUCUCGGCCAUGCCAAAACUUCCGCUGGCGCGACCAGUAUCGCAGAACAACAUCUCAACAGCAUAAGGUGUGGAUCAAAGCUGAAGUGACUGCCCUGGAUGGGGACAAGGUUCAGGUCCGAACCGAUGACGGCGACGACUACAGCCUCGCAUCAGCUGACAAGAUUCACCGCUGUAAUGCUGAUACUUGGAAGAGCAAGGAAGGCUUGACCGGCGUCCACGACUUAUCGAAGCUGACCCACCUGCAUGAACCAGAGGUUCUUCACGCCUUACAGCUUCGCUUCGACGUGGACCACAUCUACACCUUCUGCGGUCCCAUUCUGAUCGCUGUGAACCCCUUCAAAGACAUGGGCGAUUUGUAUGCCAAUGUCCAUGACAAGAAGUACAAGGACACCGUGAAGCCUCCGCCGCACAUCUACACCGUGGCCUCCCGCGCCUUCGAAGGUUUGGCCAAUGCACGGCUGUCGCAGGUGGUGCUCAUCAGCGGAGAAAGUGGAGCCGGAAAGACAGAGACCACGAAACACGUCCUGAAGUUCCUUACGAGCCAAUUGAGCGACAGCAAGCGCCGCUCCAGCAGUGCUGCCGUAGGUAAAGUGCAAUCCGCCACCAUGGGGACUGAAAAGAAGGUGCUCAACUCGAACCCCAUCCUGGAAGCGUUUGGCAAUGCCUGCACGGUGCGAAACAACAACUCCUCACGCUUCGGGAAGUUCAUUGAACUGCGCUUCCAGACCAAGGGAGGUGCUGCUCCCAUCUUCUCCAAUGCGGCCAUCGAUACGUACCUUUUGGAAAAGGUUCGCGUGACCAAGAUUGACAAGCAGGAGAGAUCCUACCAUAUGUUCUACCAGGCAUGCGCUGCAAAACAGAUGUUGGACCCCGCGGAUUUGGAGGGUUUGCCCAUGGAGUUCUUUGGCCGACCCGAGGACUUCGUCUACCUGAACCAAUCGGAUCGCUUUGAGUUGGCUGCCGUGGACGACAGUGAGGAGUUUAUUGCCACCAGGCGUUCCAUGGAGGCGAUGGACAUCUCCCUGCAGGAACAGGCAGAGAUUCUGCGGAUUGUGGCUGGAGUCCUACACAUCGGCAACAUCUCCAUCCGUGAGAAGGCUGGCAAGGUGGAAGUUGAAGCCAAUGCUUCCCUCAAGGCGGUCUGCGAGAUCAUGGGCAUAGACCUUCCGGUGCUUACCAGGGCAUUGACGCACAAGCUCAUCGCAGUUGGCAGCGAGCGCUACGAUUCACCUUUGACCUUGGACCAGAGUGAGGCCCGCCGUGAAUCCUUCGCGCGGAUGAUCUACUCCUACCUCUUCAACCACAUGGUCUUCCGCAUCAACGAGUCCUUGUCCUCCAAUCGUGCAGGCCCAGCAGCCUCAUCCUUCAUUGGAGUGCUGGACAUCUUCGGAUUUGAGCAUUUCAAGGUCAAUUCCUUUGAGCAGCUGUGCAUCAACUUUGCCAACGAACGCUUGCAGCAGAUGUUCAACCACUUUGUCUUCGAAGUGGAGAUGGACUGGGAUGCAAUCUGCUCACGUGCUCAGAGUUCACAUGGAAGGGAGCUUUACAAACAGGAAGGCAUCACUUGCGACUUCUCCGACUUCCCCGACAACCAGGGCAUCAUCGACUUGAUCCAAGCCAAAACCAUGAGCAUUUUCACCCUGCUGGAUGAAGAGUGCCGCAUGCCAAAGGGCUCCGAUAAAUCAUUGGUGCAAAAACUGUGGAAGCAGUUCGACAAACACGAGAACUUCAAGAUCGAGGCGCGCAAAAACAUGUGCUUCACGGUGAUCCACUUCGCGGGGCCGGUGAGUUACGACGGCACCAACUUCAUGGACAAGAACAUGGAUGAACUGGGCGAACUCCUGAAGCAAGCCAUCGAGGGCUCCAGCAAUUCCUUCGUACGCAGUUUGUUGGAACGAGCUGUGACCGAGGGUUUGAAGUCUCCUUCGGAACAAAAGCGGCAGGUGGCAGGACGUGCCAAGACCCUGAAACCGCAUACAGUUCCUCAGCGGCAUCCAAGCCUAUGUUGCAACAGACUUCAAGAGCUGCUUGGGAUGCAGCAGGUGCGGUGUAUCAAGCCAAACCCAGAGAAGGCACCAGGCCAUGUGGAGCGACAGCUGGUGGUGGAACAGCUGCGCUCAGGCGGUGUCAUUGAGGCCUUGCAGGUGCAGCGUGCCGGCUUCCCCUGCAGGAAUCCAGUAAAGACCUGUUGGAAGGACUUCUUAAGUCUCGUUUUUAGAUCAGAUGAACGGAAGCGCUUUGAAGCUAUGAAAGACGCGUGCUUAAAGGAAUCCCUACAGCAAUUGGCAAAGGAGUUGAAGUGGCCUGCGAGUUCGCCCCUUUAUGCCAUUGGCAAAACGACGGUCUUCUUCAAACAGGUGGCAUAUGAAACCAUCGAAGGUUGCGCCCUGGUCGACCUCUCGUGGCACUGGCCCUUUCGGGUGCGGCGGAAAGCGCCCUGCGGAUGUGCACAGUUCAAGGACCCCAACUUCCCUCCCACAGUCGCCUCCUUGGGCGCAACCACUCGUGGACCAUCCGUGGGCAGCCUGGUGUGGACACGCGCCGGGCAGCUGCGAGGACAUGGCACCGUGACACUCUUCGGCCGCGAGCCGAGAGCCGCCAAGGUGAAGCAAGGUGCCCUGGGAGACUGUUGGCUCAUCGGCGCCUUCGCAUGCUUGGCGGACUUCCCGGGCCAUGUUGAAAUGCUCUUCGAGCCAAUGUCGCUCUCACCUGAGGGGCGCUACUUGAUCCACCUCUUCCACUCCAAAAAAAGCUGGCGCACAGUGGAGAUUGAUGACUUGGUGCCGUGCGUCUCCGUGCCAUGGAUCCCUCAGAGAUUUGUGGUGAACUAUCAGGACAUGCCUUGUUUUGCCCAACCGGUGGCCGGGGAAGUGUGGCCUUUACUCUUGGAGAAGGCCUUCGCAAAAGUGGCGGGCUCCUACGCAGCCUUGGAGGGCGGAAUCCCUGAGGUGGCCUUUCAGGCCUUGACGGGGCAACGAGAGCAACUGCGAUGGCAAAAAGAAGGGCACGAUCGCUGGCAGCUGCUGAAAUUUGAGAUGCCGCGCUAUGACAACUCGAAACUCACUGGAGCACUACAUCAUCGCACGCAGAAGCGGUUGAACAACGAGAACCUGUUCCUCAGAUUAGCGUAUUACGAGCAAGCGAACUUCCUGCUGGCUGCCUCCAUCAGCGGUCGCUUUGGGCGCUUGGAACAGCGCCGAUCUGAUGGGAUCCUGGAAGGGCAUGCGUAUUCAGUCUUGGAAGUGCAAGAGGUCUACGGACUGCGAAUGAUUCGUUUGCGCAACCCCUGGGGGAAAGAAGAAUGGCGUGGCGCCUGGUCGCGGGGGUCCUGCAGCUGGAUGGAGCAUCCCCACGUUGCCUCCGACCUGGCGCAGCGCGCUGGGCGCCUGGAUGUGGGACGCCCUGAUGGCGCAUUCUGGAUGUCGUUUGACGACUUUGCCAAUUGCUUCGACUCCAUCAACGUGUGUCCUGCCACGAUGCCGGUCCCCAAAGCCUCCCGCUACGCUUCUGGCGGCAGCGGCAAACCCAGCUGCGGGCGGUGUGGGCAGCCGGUGCAGAGUUGCUGGCUGCUUGUUCGCGGACAUGGCACGCAACCGGUGCAAAGUUCUCGGCAGAUGCCGCCUGGUUUGGGCUGGGUCCGUUUGAAGCCCGGCGACCUCUGCCAGCUCUGCCUCCAAGCCACAGCGCUGGCGCGGCGCCGCUUCUGGCAGCAGCCGACCCCCGAUUUGACAUCGACGUCCGCUGAGAUCUGCGGCGUCAAUGAGGUGGAAUUGACCCGCCGGGUUCCAGGCAUCGACUACUUCCCUUUUGAAGCUGGAGCUGGCUGCUCACUGCCACAGAAGCGGCCCGUUUGUGACCUGGGCCCUGCCUGCACGCAUCACAGUCCCAGCCACUUCGCUGCCUACGAGCACCCUUGGAUGAAGCCCACACCAGAUGUGGUGCUGCCCCAGUCCAAAGUGAAACCCAAGUGCAUGCGAAUCGCCAUGCUUGCCAAGUCUGCCAAGAAGAUCCAGGGCAUGUGGCGGGUGUAUUUGAUGCGGAGUCUCUUCAGCAUGAUCCGCGAACGGGGCAUUCUCAUCCAGGCCACCUGGCGCCGCUACGCCGCCAAGUGCCGCGUGUGGAACAUGAUGAAACCUGCCCAGCGGCGCCGCUCGCGGCUCUUCCGGGCCUUCCUGGAGAAGUACCCCAACGCUGCCAAGAGCACCGGAGAAACAGACUCAGAAGAGGCAUCGGACAUCGAUGGACGUCGAUGGACCAUGACUUUCCUUUCUGAGACAUCAGCAAAUUCCAUGGAGCGAGAGCUCCAAGCUGAACGAGAGCGUUUGGAGCGUUUGAAGGCCACCAAGGAAGAACAGGAGAGGCAACGAAAGGAGGAAGAGAAACGACAGAAGGAAGAAGAGGAACGACGCUUGCGGGAAGAGGAGGAAGAGCGACAGCGACUGGAAGAAGAAAGGAUCCGUUUGGAGCAAGAGGCGAUAGAGCGUCGCAGACAGGAGGAACUGCAACGGCUGGAACAGGCCAAGCUGGCAGCUAUGGAGGAGGAACGACAGAGAGCCGAGGAGUUGCGGCAAUUGGCAGAGAAGGCGUUUCAGGAAGAGAAAGCCGCACUGCAAGUGCAGCACAAUGAGGAGCUGCGACAGUUGCGCUCACAGGUGGCAGCCUCCAAGGAUGAACAGGAGGUCUCACGGACAGAGCACGAGGCGGAGAUCCAACGCCUGAAGGAGGAUGUGGAGACGCAGAAGUUGCUCCAGCAAGAGCAGGCCACCAGCAGCGAGAAGCAGUCAGGAGAGAUGAACGAAAGGAUCCAAAGCCUUGAGGAGGACAGUUUGAAGAAGCAACUUCAGGAGCAACAAGACCAGCACACCGCACAGCUGCAGGACCUGGAAGCAGCUCAUCGCGAUCAACUGACCUCGGCCAGCGAGCAACUGGAAACCCAGCGUCAGGCGUACGUGCGACAGAUGGAAGAGAUGAGAGAGUCCCUGGAUGAACAGCACCGGCAGGAGCAAGAUUCCUUGAAGACGCAGGAACAAGAACAGGGUCGCCGCUUCCAGGAAGAGCUUCAGCAGCUCCGCGAGCGAGAAGCGCAGCAGCGCCAGAAACACGAGGAACAGCUGAAGGACAUGAGGUUGAUCACGGUCAUCCCCAAGAUCAGCACGGACAGCUACGUGGACUUGGCUCAGGGCCGCUUCGGCCCCUUCCGCGCACACGUGGCGAUUAAGAUCCCGCUCUGGGCAGCCCUGCAGAUGGAAGAACAUCAGCACUGCAGCAUCGAGCUGCCCAAGUGGAUGGAGGAGGAGGAGCUGAAAGCUCUGUGUGCCGAAGAACGGGCCCGGCCAAAGGACUUCGGGAACUCGGUGCACAGGCAUUACAUGGAGAUUGCCUUUGCAUUGCUGCCUCGUCCGAAGGUCUUCGGCGGAAAGGAGAAGUACCGACAGAGGAUUCUGCUGCUGCUACGCGAACUCAUUGAGCUUCGCAGGAACAAGAUCUUGGAGGGUUUGAAGAGCUUUGAGGCGACAGAUUCGGAGCUAAAGGUGAGCCACAUGUCCGCCGCUGAGCUCAGCGCCUUCCGCACACGUUCCCUAUGCUUCCUGGACUCCAUGUGCGACCUGCUGCGCAACCGGGCGCUGGAGCUCACAGAGGAGGAGCUGGCUCCUGAAGCACAAGCCAUGGAAACGGAGGCCUUGCGCGACUCCAACAAGGCAGACUUAGAGAAGCGGCUGCUGGAAGAACGGGUGAACGACUCGAAGGCUGAAAUGGAUCAGACGCGGAGUAUCCUGGAGAUCCAACAGGAGGAGUUGAAACGUGUCCAUCAAAUCCAGGUUGACAUGCUGGAGCAACGCUCGGCCGAGAAGGAACGAGCCCUGCAGAACGAGGUAGAGAUCCUGCGAAAGCAGAAGGACAGCCAGGUGGCCUCGCUUCGUGCGCAGCUGGAAUUCCAAACCACCGAGCUGCGACAGACAGCCGAGCAGGAGGUAUCACUGCUGAAGCAGGACUUCGAACGCCGCGAACGCUCCCUGCAGCAGAUGUUGGAACAGGCCCGACUGGGACAGGAAGAGGAGACGCGCACAGCGGAGAUCCAACUGGCCAUGAAACUGAAGCGCCAGGAGGAGUUGUUGAGAGCUUCGGAGGCCAAGAUCAAGUCCCUGGAGGAGAGCAGUGACCGGCAACAGGAACUCUAUGAGCGUCACGUGGGGCAGUUGUCGCAACAGAUCAGGAGCAGCCAGGAGAACUUCCGAAGUCAAUUGGAAGUGGCACAGUCGGAGAAUGACGAGCAACUGCAGGCGGCCAUCGCCAAGUUGUCGGACGUGGAGCGCAACAGCAAAUCGGAGCGGGAACGCAUGCGCGCCGAGGUGGAACAGGAGCGUGAAGAACAAGCUUCGAAGUUGGCACAGGCCGAGGAACUGGGGCAGCAGGUCGCAACCCUUCAACGGGAGAUCGACGAGCUCCGCCAGCAGCUGCUGCAGGCACGCAUGAAGUUGCUGGACAGGCCCACGCGGGCCGCGGCAGCUACCGAUGCACCCAAGACAGCGAAGGCGGCUCGCCGCAUGUCGGAAUCACAGAUUCCUGAGGUGUCCAACAUCCAUGCCCGUCGCAAGUCGACACGUAUCAUGCUGCUGCCAGCCAAACUCCAGGAGGCGGCGGCCACUAAAGAUACUAAAGCUGAAGCUCCCAAGACCGCUCCCAAGACGACAAGGCCUGCCCUGCGUCGGCGCACCACCUUCGCAGCGCCACGGAGCAUGGCGGAAACGGAGAUUCUGCCCCUUCGUUUCCUCAUUGGCGGCGAUGCAAUCGUUUCCAAGGGGAAAUCUGGUGGUGAAGGGACGUUGCUUCGUCCUAGCUUACAGAAAAAUGGCAAGAUCUUCAAGGGUGACGCCACAGUGUGGCAGCGUAUCGACUCCGCAGGCCUUCCCACGUCGAAGCCGUCGGAGGGUGCGGUGACGGUGCUGUGCUUCCGGGAAUGCCACGAUCCAUCAGAGAAGUAUGAAUUGCUGGCCGUCGGCUGUAAGAGUGGUACCUUGUCCAUCUUCAAAAUCCGUCGCACCGGCCUUGAGCGCAACAUGGAAGAGGAGACGAGUGAAGAUAUUGAGGUGGUGACACGAGCACAAGCACAUGCUAAGGCCAUCACGUCCAUGUGUUUUACUGCCGGAGGAGAUUCCAUUAUCACCAGUUCCUCAGAUUGGACGGUGCGGGUGUACAACAUCAAGGAGGAACGCUUCACAGAAGAAUUCACCGAUACCUCCCUGGUGGUCUGUGCCGUGAGUCUGCCAAAGCCGGGUGCCUUGAUCACGGCCAAUGCCAAUGCGGUGCUACAGCUCCGCGGCAGUUCUGCCGAGCAGCAAAAGGUUCGCCUGGACCACUACGCCAGAUCUUUGAUGUUGGCCUUGGGAGGUCGUCGGCUACUGGCUGGCACCAGCCGUGGCCAUGUGCACUUCUUCGAGAUCUCAGCGCAAGGUUUGGAGAGGCUGAAUCACGAAGGGCUUCAGGUGGGGCAAAACUGUGCAGCCUUGACAUGUUUGACCUUGGCACCAUGUCCAGACAAUCCUCCACUGGUCUUGGCCAAUUGCAUGGACAAUACCGUGUGCAUCAUGCAAGCCAACGAGCAGCUCACCAACUUGACUGUCCAGCGGCGCUUGGCCAAUGCCCACAGGUCCAGCCAUGUCCCCGGCUACUACGAGGACGGCGACAAAGGCGCUGGCUUCGUGGCCAGCGGCGCGGAGGAUGGCAAGGUGCGCGUCUUUGACCUGGAAAGUUUCACCGAGCAAUCCCUGGAAAGCCGCGCAGUACCCACGGUGCCGGUAGUGGAUGUGGCAGUGACCAAGCAGGGCAGCUUGAUGGCGUCUGGAGACGUGCACGGACGCGUCUUCCUGUGGAGGAGAGGUGGCGACACCAACGGCUUGGUGAAUGGCCACUGA